AUGAAUGAACCAUUCUUACAGGCAUCUGCUGCUAUCCUGGGCAAACUUUCUUCUCUCUCUGCCCUUUUUUUUCCUCCCCUUUCUCACCCUCAUCUCCCACCCCCAUCCACCGCCUCCUUGCUGGAUCUGCAGCGUGACUGGAAACAGGCUGAAUUAAUCAGCAGCCUGGUGCUUCACUCUGCUGCUUCUGUCUCACUCUCUGCAGCGCUGUGCUCUGCACAGUAUUGCUCUCUCUCUCUUCCUCUUUGCUCUCUCAUUUUUGGAGGGCAGCAGCACUGCAAGUUGCUGGGGAAGUUGCACAGGAAUUUAGCCCAGAUGCUCUUCAAGCAGGCUGAUCUCUGGAUCCCCCACCAAGGCAAAUGCUGCAAAGAUGAGAUGACCUCAAGUUUGGGCCUUACCACAAAGAAAGCCCUCACGAUCCUGAGAGACCAACUGUCAGCACUGCUGGAGGGGCACCAGAAGGAACGGAAAAAAGUGACUUCUUGGAAGGAGGUGUGGAGGAGCAGUUUUCUCUACCAUGGUAACCGUUGCUCCUGUUUCCACUGGCCUGGUGCAUCUCUGAUGCUUCUGGCAGUGCUGUUGCUGCUGUGCUGCUAUGGGAGCCAGCCACAGGGGAGCCAAGGUGCUGAGAUAGUUAAUGCACUGGCACUCUUCUUCCUUCUCCUCUUGGAUCUCUUCAUGAUUGGGCGUCAAGAGAGACUGAAGUGCAGAGAGGUGGAGAGGAGACUUCAGACCAUCAUUGAUAAGAUAAAUGAUACACUCAGCAAAGAGGUGAAAUGGCCAGACUCCAUGUACCCUGACCUCCACAUGCCUUAUGCCCCAUCCUGGUCCCUCCACUGGGCCUAUAGGGAUGGGCAUCUUGUCAACCUGCCCGUGAGCUUGUUAGUAGAAGGGGACGUCAUUGCUUUGAGGCCAGGCCAGGAAUCAUUUGCUUCUCUGAGAGGAAUUAAGGAUGAUGAGCACAUAGUUCUGGAGCCAGGAGAUCUCUUUCCACCUUUCUCACCUCCACCCUCCCCAAGAGGAGAAGUGAAGAAAGGACCUCAAAACCCUCAGCUGUAUCGUCUCUUCCGCGUCUUGAAGACCCCAAUAAUUGAUAAUGUCAGGUGGUGUCUGGAAAUGGCUUUGUCUCGUCCCGUGACAGCCCUGGAUAACGAGAGAUUCACUGUACAGUCAGUGAUGCUGAAGUAUGCUGUCCCUAUUGUACUGGCUGGCUUCCUGAUCACCAAUGCUGUGCGCUUCAUUUUCAAAGCUCCUGGAAUUGCUCCUUGGCAGUACAGCCUUCUGCAGCUCCAGGUGAAUGGUGUCCUACCCAUCCUUCCAUUGCUCUUUCCUGUUCUGUGGGUUCUUGCUACAGCUUUUGGAGAGGCCAGAGUCUUGGCCCAGAUGAGCAUGGCCUCAUCCACCUCACUGCUUGCUAAGUUUUCAGAGGACACUCUCAGCAGCUACACAGAGAUGGUAUCUUCUCAGGAAAUGAUCCGCUGUAUCUGGAGCCACUUCCUCUGUGUUUUGAAAGGCAAAUCCCCAACUCUGAGCUUCACUUCCAGCUUGCUCCAUAGCCUGGGAUCCGUCACUGUGCUCUGCUGUGUAGACAAGCAGGGGAUUCUUUCCUGGCCAAACCCCAGCCCAGAGACUGUUCUGUUCUUCAGCGGGAAGGUGGAGCCACCUCAUGAUAGCCAUGAAGAUCUGACUGAUGAGCUCUCUACACGGUCCUUCUGCCAUCCUGAGAUGGAUGAUGAGCCCCAUGAAAGAGAUGCUUUGCUGUCUGGCCCUCUGGCAGACACGGUCCACAUGACCAAUGAGCAGGAGAGGAACAACUGGUCUGGUGACACUCAAAAGGCUCCUGAUGCCCAUGCCCACCGAAAGCCAACCAGCAGAAGCAAACAUCCUUCGGGGUCCAAUGUGAGUUUUAGCAAGGACACAGAGGGUGGAGAGGAGGAGCAUACUCAGGUGGUUGGUGACAGUGAAGUGUUGGCUUGUGAGGCUGAAGAUUUUGUGUGUGACUACCACCUUGAGAUGCUUAGCCUGUCCCAAGAUCAGCAGAACCCCUCCUGCAUCCAGUUUGAUGACUCCAACUGGCACAUGCACUUGAAUUCUCUCAAGCCUCUGGGCCUGAAUGUGCUGCUCAACCUCUGCAACGCCAGCGUGACCGAGCGCCUGUGCCGCUUCUCUGACCACCUCUGCAACAUUGCCCUCCAGGAGACUCACAAUGCUGUGCUGCCUGUCCAUGUGCCCUGGGGCCUCUGUGAGCUUGCCAGGCUAAUUGGUUUCACACCAGGUGCUAAAGACCUUUUCAAACAGGAGAACUAUUUGGCCUUGUACCGCUUGCCAAGUGAUGAGAUGGUUAAGGAAACAAUCCUGGGGAAGCUUUCAUCGAUCACCAAGAGGAGACCACCCCUAAGCCACAUGAUUAACCUAUUUGUGAAGGACACCACUACCAGUACUGAGCAGAUGUUUUCUCAUGGGACAGCUGACAUCAUCCUCGAGGCCUGCACAGACUUUUGGGAUGGUACUGACAUCUACCCCCUCUCUGGCUCAGACAGGAAGAAGGUGUUAGAUUUCUACCAGCGAGCCUGCCUCUCGGGAUACUGUUCUGCCUUUGCCUACAAGCCAAUGCAUUGUGCCUUGUCCUCCCAGCUCAAUGGCAAGUGCAUAGAACUGGUGCAGGUCCCCGGGCAGAAUGCAAUCUUCACUUGCUGUGAUCUCCCUGGGACCACCCCCAUCAAACAGAGCAGCCGGAGGAAUAGCUGGAGCUCAGAUGAAGGGAUUGGGGAAGUGAUGGAGAAAGAAGACUGUAUCCAGGCUCUGAGUGGACAGAUCUUCAUGGGAAUGGUCUCAUCUCAGUAUCAGGCCCGUCUCGACAUUGUCCGCCUCAUUGAUGGACUGGUUAAUGCCUGCAUCCGGUUUGUCUACUUCUCCCUGGAAGAUGAGCUCAAAAGCAAGGUGUUUGCUGAGAAGAUGGGACUCGAGACAGGCUGGAAUUGCCACAUCUCUCUUACACCUAAUGGUGAUGUGCCUGGCUCUGACAUCCCCCCCUCCAGCCCUAGCCACGCCGGUUCUCUGCACGAUGACCUACAUCAGGUUUCUCGAGAUGAUGUGGAGGGGCUUCUGCUGAUGGAAGAGGAAGGGCACUCAGAUCUCAUCAGCUUUCAGCCAACAGACAGCGACAUCCCCAGCUUCCUGGAGGACUGUAACAGGGCCAAACUUCCCCGGGGGAUUCACCAGGUGAGACCUCACCUGCAGAACAUAGACAACGUGCCUUUGCUGGUGCCCCUCUUCACAGACUGCACCCCAGAGACCAUGUGUGAGAUGAUCAAGAUCAUGCAGGAGUAUGGGGAGGUGACCUGCUGCCUGGGAAGCUCUGCCAACCUGCGGAACAGCUGCCUCUUCCUGCAGAGUGACAUCAGUAUAGCACUGGACCCACUCUACCCAUCUCGCUGCUCCUGGGAGACUUUUGGCUAUGCCACCAGCACCACCAUGAUUCAAGCCUCUGAUGAGCUCACCCCUCUGCAGCUCUCAGGGCAACUCAACAGUCUGCCUUGCUCCAUGUCCUUCCGCCAAGAAGAGAGUACCAGCAUCAUCAGGCUCAUAGAGCAGGCCAGGCAUGCAACGUACGGGAUCCGCAAGUGUUUCCUCUUCCUGCUGCAGUGCCAGCUGACCUUGGUUGUCAUUCAGUUCCUCUCCUGCCUGGUGCAGCUGCCCCCUAUCCUCAGUACCACAGACAUAGUGUGGCUCUCCUGCUUCUGCUACCCACUGCUCAGCAUCUCGCUCCUGGGCAAGCCUCCACACAGCUCCAUCAUGACCAUGGCAACAGGAAAAAACUUGACUUCCAUUCCUAAGAAGACUCAGCACUACUUCCUGUUCUGCUUCCUGCUGAAAUUCAGCCUGACCAUCUGCUCCUGCCUCAUCUGCUUCGGGUUUACACUGCAUGAGUCCUGCAGAGAAGUGAACACUACCAGCCUCAACCUCACAGCCUGCUCCUCCAUCAUGCUGCACAGCAAUACUGAUGGUGCUCCUGACUGGUUUGGGACAUUUUCCAAUGCUCUUCUUGUAGCCCAGAAGCUCACAGCUGGCCUGAUUGUUUUACACACAGUGUUCAUAUCCAUCACCCACGUCCAUCGCACCAAGCCGCUCUGGAAGAAGAGUCCCCUCUCCAACCGCUGGUGGACGCUCACUGUGGCCGUUGUAUUGCUGGGACAAGUGGCACAGACUGUGCUGGACCUGAAGCUCUGGGAAAACCUCAGUUCAUCUCUGACCUUUAACCACGUUUCCAUCUCCCCAGUCUCAUGGCUCCUGGGCUUUCUUUCCUUGGUCCUUGUGGUUAUCAUCAACGAGAUUGUCAAGCUACAUGAGAUCAGGGUCCGAGUCCGCUACCAGAAGAGGCAGAAGUUGCAGUUUGAAACGAAGCUGGGGAUGAAUUCACCAUUUUGAAGACUCCCAGCUUGAGUUCCCUAGGGCCAGGGCCAUACAGCCACAUCCUGCACUGGGAGAGUGGUUGCACCAAAGGCCCGGGGGGUUUCCCUCACACAUGCCAACCAGACAGCCUCCUUGCAAACUACUUCAGCACCUUCCAGGGGCCCCCGGGCAGUUCACCACUGUCAGGAUGCCCCAGCAGGUAUGCAGCCCCUCCCCAGCCUGCUAGGGUAGGUUCAAGGGAGCCUGCAAGCUCUGCUGGCUGUCCAGGCUGCUCUGCCUUUAAUUUAUUUAUUACUAGAGGUUUCUGUUAGUAUCAAGGUGAUGCUGAAGUGAAGUGACUCCUUCCCUCUGCACGAGCAGAUGGGUUUCCUGGACCUGGCAGGGCGAUCUGGGGCUAGCAGGGGAGACAGAGCUGCUACAGCAAGAGAUCUCCAUUGAAAGCCAGCUGUUUUUCCAUCUCAGCCUGACCUGGCUGCUGUAUGUGUGCAUGCCUGUGCGUGCCCAUGCCCACUUCCCUGUCCCUGUGUCCUGGGGCAAAGGAGCCAUUUCUUGCAGCGUCAGAAGUGCUGGGUGCCAGGUGAGGCCUGGAUCUCGCAUUCUUGAGAGGACAGUGGGAGGGGUCCCUGGCAGGGUGCUGCAGAAGCUGUGCAGCCAGGCUGUGCCAGGCCUGCCCUCUAGCGGUGCCGCUGUAGCCAUGUGCCGGCUGUUGAGCGCUUCAAGAGGAGAGAUCGAGACAGGGCCUUCAGAAAGGCUGUGUCUGACAGUGGUGAGCUGGUGCAGAGGGAGUCAGGAGGGCAGCUCUGCCUGCCUGCAGGGAGUCAGCAUGGCUUAGCUUCCAGCAGCCCUGUUGAACCAGCUCUUACCUGCUUUAACAACCCCCAAGAGCGGCUUACAGCUGGUCUCAUUGCUGUGAUUUCCAUUGCCCUGCUUCAGUCAGCAUCUGCUUGAGGGGGCCAUAGCUAGAGAUUAUAGCCAAGCCCUGCCUGUCCGGCUGUGGAGGGAACUGUGUGUAACACAGAGCUGGUGGAGGCUCCUUUCCCAGUGCUGGGAUUGUGCUGCAUCCAGUAGGAGCUCUCCAAAGCACAGUGAAGCUCUCUUAUCCAGUCUUUUUGUGACAGUGUUUGGAAGUCUCUCUUCUCCAUACUGCUGCCCUCACAUCUGUUCCCCUGGUGUGCUGGAGGUCUCUUCUGCUUUUGGCUGGGGGAAUCCUUCCCCUUAGGGCUGCCACAAACCAUGAUUUGCCCCAAAGUGGCACUGAACAGACCCCAGCUGUCCUGGGAAGGGUGGUGCUGUUGUGUCCAGGGCCACCCAGGCUUAGCUACCAGAAUAUUUACAUGUCUCUUGGCUCUAAAAGCUGGCUAAAGCUGGUAAAUACUGGCACUGGAUUUGGUUCUAAUAUUCACACUACAGGGUAUGGCUAUUAAUUCCCCUUUGGUACCUGAGAGGCACUGGUGGCUGCUGGCCCUUCCCUGGCAGGCAGGGAGCUAGCUGGGAACCCCCAAGCUCUGCCCUGCUGUCCCACCUUGUCUUCCUCACCUUUCAGCAUGACCAGAGAGCAUGCACACUGCUAUCCAUCUCCAAGCAAUACCCUUCUGGAAGAAGACCCAGCAGGGGUACAACCAAACCUCUGUGCUCUGGGGACAGACAGGGGGCACCUGAAGCUGUUCAGACACCUGCACCUGGUUCCUACAGCUGGACAAGGGUUGUUCAGAGUCUAUGCUGCUGUGGGAGAGGGAGCUAGAAACUCACUGGGGAGAACAUGAGGCUGCUCUGUGUUGCAGCACCAGGCCACUCCUGUCCACCUUGCCAGCAAAGCUGAAUUUUGCCUUCUCUCUUCUGGGGCCUGCAAAGCUGGCCUGGCUUGGGGAGAGCAAGCUGCAUCUCCCUCGGUCUCACUUCCUUCACUAACUGCCAGCUGCAGGUCUGUCACCCCAGCACCUGAGAGUUCAGCUUGUCCUUCUGAUGGCAGGUGUGGCCUCUGUGGCCAAACUGAAUUGGAGCUGAGGCAGCACCAAGCUGCUCACUGCUGUUCCUACAGAGCAGCUUUCCCCUCACACCUCAACUCUUGCCUAUGCCACUAACUGUUGUAGGUGAAAAAAAGCAGCAAACAGGGCUUCCUGCUGGCAACACCUUCCUCUAGAGAAGGCACCUCCAAGGUGUCCUCUAGGUGAUCACAGACAUUUAUCUUCCUCCACCCUCCUCCCCCUGCUAGACCUGGAGGGAGCUGAAGCAUAGGAACAGAGCCUUGUGGCUGAGUCUCACCAGUGCUACCCUUCUUUUGGCCACUGAGGCGCCCAAGGGUCAGGGUGCACAGCAUCAGAAAGACAUUUCCUACAUCAAGAUGUUUUUAAAUGGUGUAUAUUUUAUAUUAAAAAUUUUGGGAUGUAUGUAAAAAA